ACGGGAUGACGUCAUUCCGGCGGCGCGCCACCCUGUGGCCAUGAUGUCUCAGUAGUGUCUGGCGGGGUGGGGGCUGAUGAUGUCAUCUCCGUGUGGUGUCACAGUGUGAUGUCCUCACAGUGCACUGGGGGUGAUGUCAUAGCAUCGCAUCACUGGCAGUGCAUGCUGGGAAGCAGGCCGGUGAUGUCACGUCAACAUGGUGUCGCAGCCUGACUUCAUUGCAGUUUCCAGUGGGGUGAUGGCAUAGUAUGACAUAGCUGCAGGGGCACCCUUUCGAGUAGGCUUGAGAUGCCAUAUGGCUGUGAUGUCAAGGCAUGGCAUCGUUGCGGUAGACUGUGGGGUGAUGUCAUACUAAGACAUUGCUGCAGCGCACCCUGGCAAGGAGGCUUGUGAUGUCAUAUCACUGCGAUGUCACAGCAUUGCAUUGUUGCAGUACACCGUGGAGGUGAUGUCAUAGUAUCACAUUGCUCCAGGGCACCCUGGCGAGGAGGCUUGCUAUGUCAUACUACUGUGAUGUCACAACCUGGCAUCAUUUCAGUGCGUGGUGGGGUGAUGUCACACUACCACAUGGCUGCUCUGCCUCCAGGGGAAGAAGCCUGAGCCUUGUCACGGCACUGAGCCCCUGGUGCCAUCAUGGUACCACGGGCUGUUACGGUGUCACCGCGGGAGGCGUGACAUCACCACCAACAGACAGGUGCCCGCAGUGCCUCACUCGCGUAGGGCCCGUGCCCCUGCCAGCCCACGUCUGCUCUGUCUCCCUGCCCAGGACCCCUCCGCUCUCCCACAGCCCCAUGGCAGCUCCCGACCGGCCCCUGUCCUUGGAGCAGCAGCUGGCAGCGAGCAUCGCCCGCGUCCUCUCCCGCUAUCACUUCCUCCUGGACUCCUUCGUCAUCGAGUUUUUCACGAAUGACCAGUGGGCAACAUUGCCUCCUUCCUGGCAGGACGUCCUGGCUGAUCUGCCCUCCCCGCAACUGGCUGCUCUGCUGCUGGAGAAGGCAAACUUGGAGGAAGCAAGUUACAGCAUGGUGUGGCCGCUGUCUUUGCUGGCCUUCAAAGCCACAGCACACGCCCUAGCGCUGCCCCGGGCACAUUGCAGUGGGGCCAAUGGCAGGCCUGAGGAGUUCCAGGAGAACCUGUGCCAGAGCGCCCGGCUCCACCCUGUCUUCCGCAAGCACGUCAAGCCCAAGAAGCAGCACGAGAUCUGGCAGCUGGGCAAGCUGGUGAAGCGGCUGAGUGAGCUUGCCCAGUGCGACCACAUCGUAGAUGUUGGCUCUGGCCAGGGCCACCUGUCCCGCUUCCUAUCCUUUGGCCUUGGCCUACCCGUCACUGCUGUCGAGGGCAACAAGCACCUGGUGGACACAGCGAAGAGGUUCGACCGGGAGCUGGUGCAGGCGCUGAAGAAGGAGCAAGCGCGGGGGGGCAAGGCUGUGCGGGAGCUGUCUCUCCGUGGCCCGAGCCACGUGGCAGGCUGGGUCGACCCCCAGGCACCGUGGCCAGAAUUCCUCCUCCUGCUGCAGCCUGGAGUGGACAUGAGCCACCCUCCUACAGCAGCCGCCUGCGCCGGCCCCCCAUCCCUGGAGCCAGGGAUGAGGACCCUGCCCAUGGUGCUCAGCAGAGAUGUGGCUCAGCCAGGUAGGGCCACAGCGGAUCCCAUGGGUGCCAGGAGCCACAUAGGCACUGGUGUCCCCAUUGGGCACCUCCAGGAGCCGAGCCAGCCAGCAGAGCAUCCUCCAGCCCCAGGCAGGGUGCUGCUGACGGGUCUACAUGCCUGUGGCGACCUCAGCGUGACCCUGCUCCGCCACUUUGUCCACUGUCCCCACGUGGCUGCCAUCACCUCCGUAGCCUGCUGCUACAUGAAGCUUAGCACCCGUGAGACCCCCGUCCCACCGGGCCUUGUCCUGCCACCCACUGUGCCCCCAGCCACGUAUGGUUACCCACUGAGUGCCUGGGUGGCCGGGCUGCCAGGCCACACACUGUCCUACAAGGCCCGGGAGGGGGCCUGCCAUGCAGCUGAGGACUAUGGGCAGCGCCUGCGGAGCCAGAGCCCCGGGCUGCGGGCACACUGCUACCGGGCCGUGCUGGAGACCCUCAUCCGUGCAGCCGACCCCAGCAAGCAGCGCCUGGGCGUGCAGACCAUCCCUGGGGCCCACUGCCUCUCCUUCCACGAGUAUGCACGGCUGGGCCUGGCCCGCGUGGGACUGGACCCUAGCACCCCCCUGGAUGUGGCCCAUGUGGAUGCCCUGCUGCGGCGAGAGCAGCAGGUGAUUGCCUACUUCACCCUGGCACUAUUGCUGGCCCCAGUGGUGGAGAGUCUCAUCCUGCUGGACCGCGCCAUCUACCUGCAGGAGCAAGGAUUUCAGUGCAGGCUCAUCCCCCUCUUCGACCCCCAGUUCUCCCCCCGGAACCUAGUGCUGGUGGCUGCCAAGGCCCAGUCAGCCUCAGCCCUGUCCACUCUGGUGGAGGACGAUAGUGAGGGCUAGGCUUCAUGGCUGGACUAGGGAAACACAUGCGACUGGCUCUGGGGAGGAGCACAGGAGCCGUACAGCACCACACAGAGCCUCUGCCAGAAGAAAAGGGGGCUGGGUAAGCAGCAGGGUAAGACCUCGUGGUCCCAGUGAAAACCUGCACAGGAGCAGGAUGGGACCCAGGCAUUCACUGCCAGGAGCUCCAGGCCCUGCAGCCAUGGGCACUUGGGCUCUUAACAUGGCCUUGCCACCCCUGGAGGGCCUGCGUGGCCUUAGCUCCAGGGCCUGCUGGGCUGAGCUGGCAGCUGCAUUCGCAGCCGGUAACCUAUUAUUUUCCAGUGCUGUGUCUGGAAGGAGAUGGCUGAGCUCAUGCUUGACACCAUGGGCAUGGCCCGAGCUCUGUGCCCAUCCUCCUCUGCUUUGGGUCAGGCAGCUGAUUUGUGAUGCCUGUGCUCAGAGCUGCAUCUGGUCCCCACAAUAAAGGACUCACAACCCCUCUC